AUGUCGAGCACAGAUGGCGACGACCACGUCGCGUCCACACUUCGAGAGACAAUUGUGGACCUGGAUCCACGGCCCAUUACCGUCGCAGUCAACCCAGUAGCUCUGGUGGUCACAGAAUGCAUUACCGUCACGUCGGCGAUGCGAAAGCAUGCCCGCUGGGCGCACUCUUCAGUCGCAGCUAUACUGGGCAGCUCCUCGAACAAGACGCCAGCCGUCCAACGACGCGACCGCACAGGACAAGGCAUCAUAAGCGCAGGAGAGCAAGAGGAAGCCGUACCGAGCAGAUGGGGCCUACGCGGGAAGAAGGGCAAGAGCAUGCAGGACAACCCCCUCAUGUCUGCAUUUGCGCGCCUGAGGAAUGAUCUGAAGGGCUGCAAAGAUAUCCGGACCUUCGAUACCCCCUCUAUGCUCCAUCCCUUUCUGCAGGUCAUCCGGUCUUCAUCCACCUCCGCGCCCAUAACCUCGCUUGCCCUCAUUGCGAUCACCAAGUUCCUGUCGUACGGCAUAAUUGGCCAUGACUCUCCACGUCUACCAGAAGCUAUGCAACAGCUCUCCUCUGCCAUCACCCACUGCCGAUUCGAGGCCAGCGAUUCGGCCGCCGACGAGAUUGUGCUCCUUCGCAUACUCAGGCUUAUGGAGGUCAUGAUAUCAGGUCGAGGCGGAGAAGUACUGGGCGACGAAAGUGUGUGCGAGAUGAUGGAGACAGGCUUGAGCAUGUGCUGCCAAGCGAGACUAUCGGAGCUGCUGCGACGCUCGGCGGAGAUUGCCAUGGUCUCCAUGUGUCAAGUCAUAUUUCGGAGACUGAAAACGCUGGAGAUCGAAUCGCCAGAUGAACUUGACGCCAUGGACGAGGAGCUGGAAGGACAGGACGACCAAGAGGGCCUGAGAAUGGAUCCAACAGCAAAUGGCGAGGGAGACUCUGCACAGCACAAGGUUGAAGCUCUCCAGCAGCCAAUUGACCCAGAAAAAGGCCAUGAGGACAAUGACAGUGCCGGAAACCCAGCGAGCAGUACCCUAGAUCUCCCAGCAACGGCCGAGGAUGGCCAGCCGCAAGCCCCCCUCGAGAUCAAGCCUUAUUCGUUGCCUUCCAUAAGAGAGCUUUUCAGAGUUCUGGUCGAUCUAUUGGAUCCGCAUGAUCGUCAACACACUGACACGAUGCGUGUCAUGGCGUUGCGCAUCGUGGACGUCGCUCUCGAAGUCGCUGGACCGUCGAUAGCGAGUCAUCCCAGUCUGGCGAAUCUGGCCAAGGACACGUUGUGCAGGCACAUUUUUCAGCUCGUCAGGUCAGACAACAUGGCCAUAUUGAACGAAUCUUUGAGAGUCGCAGGUACGUUGCUGGCGACAUGCAGAAACGUCCUCAAGCUGCAGCAAGAGCUCUACCUCUCAUACCUGGUCGCUUGUCUUUUUCCACGGGUGGAGAUACCAGUCGAGCCUGGCAUUGAGCCUUCGUUAUAUGAAGGUGUCCCGCAUGCGCCCAGCCUCAUCAAGCAGCCACCACAGCAGAAUAGCAGCUCUAGUGGCCGUUCAACUCCAGUACCUGUCAAAGAUCGUCAGAAGCUAGGACUAGAAGGAGGUGCACGAAAGCCAGAUGCCCGAGAAGCCAUGAUAGAAAACCUAGGUGGCUUGGUCCGGAUUCCUUCCUACAUGGCUGAACUCUUCGUCAACUAUGACUGUGAAAUUGACCGUGGGGACGUCUGUAUGGACAUAGUUGGACUCCUCUCAAGAAACGCUUUUCCAGACUCCGCGACAUGGAGCACCGUUAAUGUACCUCCGCUAUGUCUGGACGCUCUUCUCGGUUUUGUGCAGUCGAUGGCAGAUCGCCUGGACGAUGAGCCGGUAACAGAAGGCUAUCCUAGUGCCGAGUCGCUGCGCAAGCAGCGAGCACUUAAGGCUGUCAUCAUCCGUGGUGCAACCAAAUUUAAUGAGAAGCCCAAGGCUGGCAUCGCCUAUCUUGCAUCUCAAGGCAUCAUUCGAGACCCUGACGAUCCUCAAUGUAUCGCUGAGUUCGUCAAGGGUACUACAAGAGUUGACAAGAAGGUACUGGGAGAGUUUAUAUCCAAGAAAGGGAACGAGGCGGUAUUGAGUGCUUUCAUCGAUUUGUUCGAUUUCACAGGACAGCGAAUUGAUGAGGCUCUUCGACAGCUCCUACACGCGUUCCGUCUCCCUGGUGAAUCAGCCUUGAUCGAGCGAAUUCUGUCCGAGUUCUCCGAGAAAUAUUUCAAAAUGGCGAAGCCAGAAGGCAUUGCCAACCACGAUGCUAUUUACAUCCUCACCUACGCUGUCAUCAUGUUGAACACUGAUCAGCAUAAUCCCAACAUGAAGCAAAAGCGAAUGCAGUUUGAAGACUUCCGAAAGAACGUCCGCGGCGUCAACGACGGCAAGGACUUUGACCCUGAGUUCUUGCAGGGAAUCUAUGAAUCCAUCAAGAACCGGGAGAUCAUAUUACCGGAAGAGCAUAGUGACCGAAAUGCAUAUGACCACGCGUGGAAGGAGUUAUUGGUCAAGUGUCAGUCGACCUCGGAUAUCGUCAUCUGCGAUACCAACAUUUUCGACGCGGACAUGUUUGCUGCAACAUGGAAGCCAAUCAUCGCGACACUGUCUUACGUCUUCAUGUCCGCCACUGACGAUGCUGUCUUCUCACGCGUUGUUCAGGGCUUCGACCAGUGCGCGCAGAUUGCUGCCAAGUACGAACUGACUGAUGCUCUCGACCGUAUCAUUUCGUGUUUGUCAUACAUCAGCACACUCGCUCCCGAUGUCCCACCAAGCACUUCACUCAAUACGGAAGUCCAAGCCGAUAAAAAGAGCGUCAUGGUUAGCGAGACUGCUGUGCGAUUCGGCCGUGACGGCAGGGCGCAACUGGCAACGGUGGUUUUGUUUCAGGUCAUUAAGGGUAAUGAGGCAUCGAUAAGAGAUGGAUGGCAACAUCUCAUUCGCAUCAUGGUGAAUCUAUUCGUCAACUCGCUGAUACCCCCAUACUUCCUCUCCUUUCAGAAGACGCUUGCUCUAGCACCGAUACCACUCCAGAAUCCUGCGCAAGUGAUUGACCGCGCAGAGCGUCCGGCGGAUACUGGCAUCUUCUCGGCACUGACAUCCUACGUCUCGAGCUUCGCCAACGACGAGCCUCCGGAGCCAUCAGACCAAGAGAUCGAAUACACACUGUGCACCGUGGAUACUGUCAAGGAGUGUCAUUUUGAAGAUAUUCUUGCAAACAUCAGCCAACUACCUGUGGAGUCUCUGCGAUCGCUUCUGGCCUCACUACUUGAGCAUCUCCCCGAAGAUGGCUCGCCCAGGGUUAUCGUUGUGAAGCCUGAGAUACCUGGCGCAAGUCCACGGACGACUGGCCCGAAGCAGAAGGGUAAAGGCCCGCUCUACGACCCAAGCCUUGUCUUUGUGCUCGAACUAGCCACCGUUCUAGCUCUCAGAGACGAAGAGACGGUCAGGGAGCUCGCCAAGGAUGUGACAGAUGCUUUGACGUCUGUCAUUCGAGACGCUCCUAAACACCAUUAUGUGGUCAUUGCGCGAUCGGUGUACUAUCUGCUAAGCCUUUUGAAAGCUAGCAAUGACUACGAUUUCAUCCGUGCCCCAGUUCUCAUGCACACAUUCUCAAGCUUCAACGAUGCUCUCCUGCAUGAGUGCGCUCAGCCAAUCUUGAAGGGACUGACAGACUGCUGCAAAGGCCCCAAUGCCCUUCGUAGUGAACUUGCAGGCUCACCAGACUUCUGGACCAUUCUCAACAGGCUUGCAAGCGUGCCUGAUGCUGCUGGGGACGUUUUCCAGCUUGUCGAAGAUCUUACCACUUCGCCUCAACCCGGCAUCACUGCUGACAAUUACGAAGCUGCGAUUGCGCUUCUCAACGAGUUCGCAACUGCAGCCCAAGUAGGUGCUCGAGAAGAGCAGCUACAUGACCAGGCUGCACGACGCAACAAGGGACAGAAGCCCAAGAAGCUUGAGAAUAGUGAGAUAGUUGUACGCGGCAGCACCGCUAUGAGCAUCGUCUUCCAGCUUUCCAGCAGAGUGCCGAAUUUCAUCGAGCAGUCUCACCUCGAAACGACUGAAGCAUGGACGGCCUACUGGUCACCCAUCCUCAAGACCCUCGCGCAUCAAUGUCUCAACCCUUGCCGAUCGUUGCGCCAACAAGCCUUCUCUUCACUCCAACGCACACUUCUUUCCAACGAUCUCGCUUCCCCCGAACAUCGAGAAUGGACCGCGAUCUUCAGCGAGGUCUUGAUCCCACUCAUCACCCAGCUUCUUAAACCAGAAGUCUAUCAGUCUGAUCCACUAGGUAUGAGCGAAACUCGGGUCCGAGCCGCUACGCUGCUGAGCAAGGUAUUCCUCCAUUACCUGGUGCUGCUUGAUGGUUUGUCUGGUGAAGGAAAGGAGGACGGAGAGAAGAGCCUGUCUUUCGAAGAGUUAUGGAUUACGAUUGUGGGAAUAAUGGACCGCCUGGGCAACAGCGGACAGGGCGACAUGGAAGAAGCUGUCGCCGAGAAUCUUAAGAACAUGCUUCUGGUACUCAGCAAUGGCGGGUACCUUGCGCCACCCGACGAAAACCCUGAACGAGAGGACCUCUGGCAUGAGACCUGGAAGCGCAUCAAUCGCUUCCAACCCAGCCUUUUCGCUGAGUUGUUCCCCGAUGAAGCUGGGAAGCGUGCAAGACAGCGACCUAGCAAGGAUGAAAGAGCGCCAAAGAGUGAGCCUGUCAUCGAUGGUAGGGAGAUGGAUGUUGCCGAGAGGAAAAAGGGCGGCAGCAGUAGUAAUGAAGACACGGUGGAUGGUAGUGACGAGGACGAGGAAGACCAGGAGAAGGUCACAGAGAAGGAAGGCUAG